GGUGUUGUCAGUGUCAGUUCUGCGCACGCAGCCUUCCCGGAGCCGGUGCCGGCCCGCGAGCCCCGGUGUCUUUGCAGACUGAUCCCUGCCCGGGUCCGACGGGGGCCCACGCCGUGGGAGGAGUCGAGUGCUAGCUGGAGCCUUGCUGGGGUCACACCACCAGUGCUAGGGAUCUGGAUCCCCGGCCACGGAGACAGAGCCCGAGCGUCGCGACCCCGGAGGACCUCUUCUCUAUCCGUGGCACCCACUGGUCCUGGGAUCUCGGAGGCGCCGGAGAGCUCCCGGAGCCCGCGCUCUCAGCCCCGGGGGAGCUCGCCCACGCCCCACGGUCCAUCCGGGCCAUGCUCCCCCGGGGCAGCGGCUGAACUCAAGCCGGGACCCGAGCCCGCGGGAGCAUGGAUCCGGACUGGGGACAGCGGGAUGUGGGCUGGGCGGCCCUGCUGGUCCUCUUCGCCGCCUCGCUGAUCACGGUAUUGGGCUGGAUGCUGCAGUAUGCCCGGGGUUUGUGGCUGUCGCGGGCCGGUAGGGGCCGAGACUCCCGACCCGCCUCAGCUGCUGAGCCCGGGGGUUCACUACGCGAGCUGGGUGUGUGGCGUUCGCUGCUGCGUCUGCGGGCGACCCGGACCAGCGCCCCCGAGGAAGCUGGCGUACGGGGCCUCCUGGCUUCGCUCUUUGCCUUCAAGUCUUUCCGGGAAAACUGGCAACGGGCUUGGGUGCGAGCCUUGAAUGAGCAGGCCUGCAGGGACGGGAGCUCCAUUCAAAUCGCCUUUGAGGAGAUACCCCAACUCCCACCAAGAGCCAGCAUCAGUCAUGUGACCUGCGUAGACCAAUCAGAGCGUACCAUGGUGCUGCACUGCCAGCUCUCUGCUGAGGAGGUGCGCUUCCCCAUCUCUGUGACCCAGCAGUCCCCCGCUGCCGUCUCCAUGGAGACCUACCACGUCACUCUGACACUGCCACCAACACAGCUGGAAGUCAGCCUGGAGGAAAUCCCUGAUGAGGGGCUACUGGUGUCCUGGGCCUUCACUGACCGCCCAGAUCUCAGCCUAAAGGUGCUUCCCAAGUUGCAGACUAGGGAGAGAGAUGAGGAACAACCAGAGCUUUCAACAGUUGAGGAACUGAUCAAGGAUGCUAUAGUCAGCACUCAGCCCGCCAUGAUGGUCAACCUCAGGGCCUGCUCUGCCCCAGGAGGCCUGGUACCCAGUGAGAAGCCACCCAUGAUGUCCCAGGCCCAGACAUCCAUCCCCAGACCUACCCGAUUAUUCUUACGGCAGCUUCGAGCAUCUCACCUGGGAAGUGAGCUAGGAGGUACUGAGGAACUGUGCUGUGCCGCUGAACUUGACAACCCCAUGCAACAGAAGUGGACCAAACCCAUGAGGGCUGGCCCUGAGGUGGAGUGGACAGAGGAUCUAGCUCUGGAUCUGGGUCCCCAGAGCCGGGAGCUGACCCUCAAAGUGCUCAGAAGCAGCAGUUGUGGAGACGCUGAACUCCUCGGCCAAGCCACACUGCCUGUGGGUUCACCUUCUAGACCACUGUCACGAAGACAAGUGUGCCCACUGACCCCAGGACCCGGGAAAUCCCUGAGCCCAGCAGCCACGGUGACAGCAGAGCUACACUAUGAGCAGGGCUCCCCAAGGAAUCUGGGCACGCCCACCUCUUCCACCCCUCGCCCCAGCAUCACACCCACCAAGAAGAUUGAGUUGGACCGGACCAUCAUGCCUGAUGGCACAAUCGUCACCACUGUCACUACUGUCCAGUCCCGCCCCCGGGUAGAUGGGAAACUAGACUCCCCCUCCCGCUCCCCGUCCAAGGUGGAGGUGACAGAGAAGAUGACAACUGUGCUGAGUGAGAGCAGCGGCCCCAGCAAUGCCUCCCACAGUAGCAGCCCAGGGGAAAGCCACCUUUCCAAUGGCUUGGAUCCAGUAGCAGAGACAGCAAUUCGCCAGCUGACUGAGCCCAGUGGGCGGGCAGCCAAGAAGACACCCACCAAGCGCAGCACGCUCAUCAUCUCUGGUGUUUCCAAGGUGCCCAUCGCUCAGGACGAGUUGGCACUCUCCUUGGGUUAUGCGGCAUCUCUGGAAGCCUCAAUGCAAGAGGAUGCAGGAACCAGGGGUGGUCCUUCAUCACCUCCCUCAGACCCAUCAGCUACAACCCCAGGACCGGUGGAUGCCCUCUCUAGUCCCACAAGUGUCCAGGAAGCAGAUGAGACGACACGUUCAGACAUUUCCGAGAGGCCAUCUGUGGAUGAUGUUGAGUCAGAAACAGGGUCUACUGGUGCCCUGGAGACCAGAAGCCUCAAGGAUCACAAAGUGAGUUUCCUGCGCAGUGGCACUAAACUCAUCUUCCGCCGGAGGCCCCGACAGAAGGAAGCCGGUCUGAGCCAGUCACACGAUGACCUGUCCAACACCACAGCCACACCUAGCGUCCGGAAGAAGGCUGGCAGCUUUUCCCGUCGCCUUAUCAAGCGUUUUUCCUUUAAAUCCAAACCCAAAGCCAAUGGCAACCCUAGCCCCCAGCUCUGAGAGACCCCGAACUAGAGGAGAGCGAGAGUUCUCUUAGUCUGUUCCCCACAUCCCCUUCUGUACCCCUUCCUGGAUUCCCAGUGCUGGGGUCAGGAAAGCCCGUGGGUUAUAGGAAGCCCCAGCACUCUGGGCUGUGGGGUAAGCAGGAAGGGUGUCUGACAUAGGAAGCAUUUGAGAGGCAGCAGUUGUUGCUGCGGACGUAGGAGACGUGGCAGCUGAGAGUAAGGGGCAGGCUCUGUCUGGCGUGUGUGGACAUUCUUCAGAAGCCUCUGCUGGUACUGCCCCCAGAGGGAAGCCCAGAGCACUCUCUCCUCAGCAGUUCCUUCUCCCUUAUUUAUUCUCUUUUCUAUUUAUAUGUGUGGUCUAGAACCCUUGGCAAACAGAUGAUAAGAGGGCAUCUCUCCCAGGUGACCCUUUUCUGUCCCAGGAGGGUAAGGCAAUUCCCAGGACAGGUUUCUGUGCCUCCUUUGGGAGUUCUCUCUUAGACCAGCACCAGUGUCUGCCUUCAGAAGACACUGGCAGAUCAUAGGAAGCCGGGCUCGUGCCCGGGAUGGGGGGCAGGCACUCCCCACCUCCCUACCUCCCACAUCUCUCCUUCCCCCUUUCCCUUUAUUACAGUUUUGUACUUGAUGCCUUCUCCAUGAGCAGUGGCUCAGUUGGAAGGAGGGAGCCAGGAAGCUGGGAGGAAGCCUUCCCUAGAGAGCCGGCUUUAGAAGCUUUAAAGACCGUACGAUCAUAGAGCAAGGUUGCACCUCUGUAUGUUGGGAGAUGAUGAUGUCCAUUGCUGUGUGAUGGCUUGGAAUUUAAUUUAUUUAAUUAAAAUCAAAUUGGAGUUUAUAAACAGGAA